GAGAAGGCAAUGAGAGAAGCACAAAUUGUUCCUGAGUUGUUCAUUUUCUUGAAAUCAAAAGGUACAACCUAGGUAUAAGCCAAUGUAUUAAAUAGCUGAACAUGUUAUUACUCAAAUCUUGCGAGAGUGACAAACUGACACGUUUUCAUUAUCGUCAAAAACAACAUUAUAUCGAAGGAGUGCCUUUAAUUUGACAGUUUGCACAUGCGCAGCUCGGCGUGAGACACCCGAUGACCGACAAGUGUGAAAGGGGAUUUUUGUUGGAGAAGCAGUUUUAUCCUAUCCUCAUACUGUACUGUCUUUGAUAAUGCUGUGGCUAAUUUUAUGAAUAGUAAAACGAGUCAAAAAUAUUUUUCCCGUGUUAUGAGUUGAUCGUUUCCGGAUGCUGUACAGGAAGUGAUAUUGCUGAUGCAUUUGCAUUGUGGGAUUUGUGUGCUUUCCUCUUGCAAUCAUGGCGGAUGCCUUUGGUGACGAUUUGUUCAGCGUGUUUGAUGAAGAACAAACAACUUCAACUAAAAAGAAACUAGCGGUACCUGAGAAGGGGAAAUCGACCAGUAAAAAUGGCAAAGGAGGAAAGUCUGAGUUCUAUGCAGCCAAGAGUAAGCGGGAAGCAGACAACAACGGGACAGAUGAGGUGGUUUUUGGAAAGAGGUCCAAGCUGGAGACUGUUUCUACAGAGGAGAUCAAUCUUGCCGACUGCAUGCCCAAAGUGAGGGUGGAGCCGGUUGAGACAGUGGAAGGAUGCAAUCACGAGGUGGCCCUACCAGCCAAUGAGGAGUACAAACAGCUUAUGCCUCGUGUGGGGAAAGCAGCCAAGGAGUACCCCUUCGUUCUGGAUCCCUUCCAACGUGAGGCCAUUCUGUGUAUCGAUAACAACCAGUCAGUGCUUGUGUCUGCCCACACCUCUGCAGGAAAGACUGUCUGUGCAGAGUAUGCCAUAGCUCUAGCUCUGAGGGAGAAGCAGAGGGUCAUCUUCACCAGCCCCAUCAAAGCCCUGAGUAACCAGAAGUACAGAGAGAUGUACGAAGAGUUCCAGGAUGUUGGCCUGAUGACCGGUGAUGUCACCAUCAACCCCACCGCCUCCUGCCUCAUCAUGACUACCGAAAUCCUGAGGAGCAUGUUGUACCGAGGUUCAGAGGUCAUGAGAGAGGUGGCCUGGGUCAUCUUUGAUGAGAUCCAUUACAUGAGAGAUGCCGAGCGUGGCGUGGUGUGGGAGGAGACCAUCAUCCUGCUUCCUGACAACGUUCACUAUGUCUUCCUGUCCGCCACCAUCCCAAACGCCAAGCAGUUCGCUGAAUGGAUCUGCCACCUCCACAGACAGCCCUGUCACGUGGUGUACACUGACUUCCGGCCCACCCCCCUGCAGCACUACAUCUUCCCAGCAGGUGGCGACGGACUUCACCUUGUGGUGGAUGAGAACGGAGAGUUCAGGGAGGACAACUUCAACACGGCCAUGCAGGUGCUGAGAGACACUGGUGACUCUGGAGGCAGCAGCGGAGGGGGCAAAUGGGACCCCAAGGGGCGCAAAGGAGGGACACGAGGGCCAUCCAACGUGUUUAAGAUUGUUAAAAUGAUCAUGGAGCGGAACUUCCAGCCGGUCAUCAUCUUUAGCUUCAGCAAGAAGGAGUGUGAGGCCUAUGCCCUGCAGGUGUCCAAGCUCGACUUCAACACAGAUGAAGAGAAGAAGCUGGUGGAGGAGGUGUUCAACAAUGCCAUAGACUGUCUGUCAGACGAUGACAAGAAGCUGCCCCAGGUGGAGCACGUCCUGCCUCUAUUGAAGAGAGGUAUAGGGAUUCAUCAUGGAGGACUGCUCCCCAUCCUAAAGGAAACCAUCGAGAUCCUGUUCUCUGAGGGGCUUCUCAAGGCCUUGUUCGCCACAGAGACCUUUGCCAUGGGCAUCAACAUGCCCGCCCGCACUGUCCUGUUCACCAACGCACGCAAGUUUGAUGGCAAAGACUUCCGCUGGAUCACGUCUGGUGAGUACAUCCAGAUGUCCGGUCGAGCCGGCAGGAGAGGGAUGGAUGAGAGGGGUAUCGUCAUCUUCAUGGUGGAUGAGAAGAUGAGCCCUGCAAUUGGGAAACAGCUGCUUAAGGGCUCGGCAGACCCUCUGAACAGUGCCUUCCACCUCACCUACAACAUGGUUCUCAACUUGCUGCGGGUGGAGGAGAUCAACCCGGAGUACAUGCUGGAGAAGUCUUUCUACCAGUUUCAGCACUACAGGGCUGUGCCCGGGGUCGUAGAGAAGAUGGCGAAGCUGGAAGAGAUGUACAACGCCAUAGAGAUCCCCAACGAGGAGAGUGUGGUGACCUACUAUAAGAUCCGCCAACAGCUGGCCAAACUGAGCAAGGAGAUAGAGGACUUCAUCCACAAACCAAAAUACUGUCUUCCCUUCCUCCAGCCUGGCAGACUAGUCAAGGUCAAAAACGAAGAUGCUGACUUUGGGUGGGGUGUGGUUGUUAAUUUCUCGAAGAAGUCAAAUGUCAAGGCCAUAACGGGUGACGCAGACCCUCUAUACGUGGUAGAGGUGCUGGUCCACUGCAGUAAGGAGAGUGUGAAGAACACCGCCACAGAGGCUGCCAAACCCGCUGCCGCUGGGGAGAAGGGGGAAAUGCAGGUGGUUCCUGUGAUGCUCCACCUCCUGACCUCCAUCAGUUCAGUUCGUCUCUACAGCCCCAAAGACCUGCGGCCUUAUGACAACAGACAGAGCAUGCUCAAAUCCAUACAGGAGGUGCAGAAGAGGUUCCCGGACGGCGUUCCCCUUCUGGACCCCAUCGAUGACAUGGGCAUUAAGGACCCGGGUCUGAAGAAGGUCAUCCAGAAGGUGGAGGCAUUUGAACACAGGAUGUACUCCCACCCCAUGCACUCUGACCCUAGCCUGGAGGCCGUCUACUCCCUCUGCGAGAGGAAAGCCCUGAUUGCGGGGGAUAUCAAAGGGGCCAAGCGGGAGCUGAAGAAGGCUCGAACCGUGCUGCAGAUGGACGAGCUCAAGUGCAGGAAGCGCGUCCUGAGGCGUCUCGGGUUUGCGACUUCCUCGGAUGUCAUUGAAAUGAAGGGCCGAGUGGCCUGUGAGAUCAGCAGUGCUGAUGAGCUUCUACUGACUGAGAUGGUGUUCAACGGCCUGUUCAACGAUCUGUCUGCAGAACAGGUUACCGCUCUACUCAGCGUCUUCAUCUUCCAGGAGAACGUUAACGAGAUGCCCAAGCUGACAGAGCAGCUGGCUGGACCUCUGAGACAGAUGCAGGAGUGUGCCAAGCGCGUUGCCAAGGUGUCUGCGGAGGCUAAGCUGGAGGUGGAUGAGGACACCUACCUGGACAAGUUCAAGCCUCACCUGAUGGACGUGGUUUACACCUGGGCUAACGGCUCCACCUUCGCACAGAUCUGCAAGAUGACCGACGUCUUUGAAGGGAGUAUCAUCCGCUGCAUGCGUCGCCUGGAGGAGCUGCUCCGUCAGAUGUGUCAAGCAGCCAAGGCCAUCGGUAACACCGAGCUGGAGAACAAGUUUGCGGAGGGUAUUACGAAAAUCAAGAGGGAUAUUGUGUUUGCUGCCAGUUUAUAUUUGUGAUUGAGUGACACCUUUGCAAGACCUGUGUUUGUUGGUUUGAGUGUGACGUCAUCCAGACAAUUUUUUAAAAUGUGUUAAUAAGCAUAAAAUGGCUUAUUUUCCUUCCAAAAAGCGCAACAUUUGUACAUACUUCAACAAUUUUAAUAAAAGUCUGUAUAGUGAUUUCUUCUAACAUACAGCUGGAUAAAACAAAAUGUUUUUUUGUUGCUUCAGGUGAAGAUACAUUAUAUUGGUCUGGAUAAUACACAGGAAGCUGUAAUAGUAGCAGUCCAGCCAAGGCAACAUGGGUGGGACUCAAGAGUCCAAUAGGGAGCUCAGACAGCUUGGCUCCAGGUCAUAGGUCAGGAAAGCACAAAGCAGGGUUACAUUCACAUGUCUGGUUCAUUCCCAGAUGGCACCCUAUUCCCUCCAGAGUGCACUAGUUUUGACCAGGACCCAAUGUAGGGAGUAGGGUACCAUUUGAGACGCAUAUUUUCUUUCCACCCCAGUGGUCCGACCCUUAGUGGGGUAUGAUGUGCAUGCAGUAAACAGUUCCUCUUCUCUAUAGCUUAGUUGGGGCUGCUGUCGUAAUGGUUUCCGUUAGUGGGUGUCUCUUGCAGGCUGGUGUGGGGAAUCUCCACAUCCUCCUGGGGCUCCACCCUCUUCUUGAAGAAGUCUGACACUAAAAAUACCUGCAGGGGAAAGACAAGUGUCAGUGGACAGCUUUGGAGGGAAAUGGUUGACCUCAGUUAAUGAUUUUAUUGAAGAGAAUGGCUACUUAGUAGGAAGUAAGGCUUUUAAAGUGGGACACGUAUAGGUCAGGAGACACCUUGACUACAAUCCACUGGGUCUAGAUGAAAUACCCCUCUUGUGCUCUCUGCUACUAUUACCCAAUUUCUAUUGUAACAAAUGGACAAAUAAAGCUGAAUUGCCUUAACCAAAUGGAGCAGUGUGAUUAACUCACCACCAGUAUGGCCACGAGUGCUCCCUGAAUAAGGCCAGCCAGGACGUCGCUCCAGUGGUGUUUGUAGUCGGACACACGGGACAGGCCAGUGUAAACGGAUGCAGCGAUCAGGAAGAAUUGGAGUGUUGGUCUCAGGAGUCUAGCCCACUCUGCCUGCAGUCUGGCCUGGAUGUAUAGCUGGGAGACAGGUGGAAAUGAAUUAAGACUUGCCUACUUUAAGAAAAAAGGCUUGUUUUUUUACUAGUAACAUGUUUUGUCAGUUAAAAUGGAUUUAAUGCUAACUAAUUUGACAAAUAGCUUUGCUGUCACAAGGACCGCAAUGUCGCCAGAGCAAUUGUAGGUUGAAACCAGUCGUUGACAUGCUUCAAUCCUCUUGGUUUUCUACUUGAGAUUAGUUUAAGUGCUGGCUACUGUUUGAAAGUGGUCUGAUCCAUCAUUGAUGUGCGUGAGCUGGUUGUGUUUGUAACAAUCAUUCUAAUGUUGAUGCUGUGAGAUCUUGCUCAUUCCUGUUUACUCUCACUGCUCUACAUGGCAGCGUCAACUCUUGGAUAUAAACAUACUGCACAGCGGAAACUUCCAAAGUAGUAUUUAAACAACCAAUCAGCCUUCGUCUGCUGUUUUUACUAGGCUUAAAACUUAGUUUAAAUGCCUUAAUUCCAUAUACAGUUGAGUGAAAUAGAAAUGAUCAAAACAAGUAAUAUAACCUAAUGUUCAAUUUACAGCCAUUUCCAAAGGUGACUGCUUGUAAUAGUUUCCAAAUCAGUGUACAUGGUUGAGUUAUGGCCUUUCUGGACCAUUUUGUUCAAUGGGACAAAAAAAAUCAGUUCUGAAUGCGUUUGUACAAUAAUGGGUGUGUGUCUAUUCGUGAAUGGAAAGCCAACUGCGACACUUAAAAUAGACUGGACUUGUCUCUCUCUGUUCUUGAACUUUAGAACUGCUAUUUGGUCUUAACUCAUUUGCUGCAGCGAUUGUCAGGACUUCGGCACAGUGCACGGAUGUUUUGCUGCAUUGAGUACCAGUAUUGAAUGUACGCAAUGGGCCUUUAUUUAUCAUCCCAUGUCUCUGCGCUGUCAUGAACUUGAGGUAAAUUCAGUUCUCUAUAAAUCUGAACCAUGUACUAUUAAGUAUAUUGAACAAAAAUAUAAAUGCAACAUGUAGGUUUCAUGAGCUGAAAUAAAAUAUCCCAGAAAUGUU